UAAGAGCUGCAUGCAACAUCUCACAUCUCCAUCAUGCUGCGCCUAACUGAAUGGACAUGCUGUUUUAAAUUAUUUCAGGACUAUUCCUUCAAUAUUUUUAGAUUUUUUCCCCCCCUCUAUUUCAAACUUUUUUUCCUCGGUGUGGACAUAUUCGUGGUCCACGUUGCACUGAUCAGCAGUGAUGCCUUGUGAUAAAGCAACUGCAGUAGCAGAGGAGCAUCAAAUGUUGGGAUUCUUAACGACACAAUAAGGAAAAUGGGAGACUUGGAGUUUGGCUUCGAGGAAAUGCAGGGUGUAAAGCUCGGGUAUCUGGUCAUUAAAGGCAAGCAAAUGUUUGCCCUCUCCCAGGUCUUCACCGACCUGUUAAAAAACAUCCCACGGACUACUGUGCACAAACGGAUGGAUCACCUGAACGUGAAAAAGCAUCACUGUGAUCUGGAGGAGCUGCGAAAGCUCAAAGCGAUCAACUCGGUGGCUUUCCACGCAGCCAAAUGCACUCUGAUCUCCAGAGAGGACGUGGAGGCUCUCUAUUUCUCCUGCAAAACGGAGCGCGUGCUCAAAUCCAACAAAAGGAGAACGAAGACAAAAGCAGAGGAGCGCAUCCGAGAUGAAGAACAUUCCCACGACAGCAGAAACGGCUUUUGGAAAAAGAAACUUUGGCUGAGUUUUCGCGGAGUGUCGCCGACUCUGGCUCUUCGAAACAAAGCUGUCAGGCCAGAACUCUCGUCCAAUCUACCUCAAAUUUACAGCAAAUCCAUCUACCAGAACUUUCAACCCAUAACACCGACCGCAUGUAGAGCCUUCAGAAACUAUGAAACUGUGCAAAUACCUGGAAAAUGUGUGGAGUUUAAUGAGAAACACUCGUUUUUCCGAAGCGGCGAGGUCGUGAAGCGAAAGCCGGCUGUGUCCGCCAUUUCGGCUCCGUCUGACUCGGAGCUGCUUUACAAAAGGAAAAGGAGGUGCGAGAGACACUUCGGGAGCAGAAAACGACACUACCGGCAAGUUUUGCUCGUUCCUAAGUGCUGCAAACCCAAAGCGUGUUUGGCUAACGGGUCUUUGAGCCAUUUUCACCCGGACCGUGAGCUCUACUUGGAGUCCCGGCAUUUUCAGGAGAGCUGCAGCAGCGACACCGAGUGCAGCUCCGCCAACGACUCAGACUUUGGCUCAAGUUUGUCCACCAGCAGUAGCACCAGUAGCUCCACCAACUCUGGAACUACAGACGACGAGGAGGAAGAGUCCUUUUCCGGUUCUUCGGAAGAAAGCAGCGACGGAGAGAGCUCGUCUCAGUCCGAUUCAAGCUCCGUGUCCAGUCGGGUUUCGGUGCAGAGCAUCAGAUUCAGGCGCGCGCGCUUCACAAGCCUUAAUGCAAAAGCGCCUCUGGUUCUGCAGCCUACUUUCCAUUACAGGUCUAAUUUUCAACCCAAAAAUGGAGGUGUGCAUGGAAGUGCUGCAGCGUUGGAUUGUGAGAAAGGGAGAAAAAAAACGACUUUGGACAGUACCGACUGGAAGCACCGACGCAGGGAAUGUGAUAACUGGGACUGUGGGAAAAAUUUGUGCACGGUUGGGAAUUGUUUCUCAGGCCUGAAAAAAGUCGUGGCUCCACAAACGGUAGACUUUUCGAACGAGCCAAAGACAGCCGAGCUUCUUCUAAGUGGAAGAAAUAAAUAUGUAAGUUUUACAUCCUGUGCAGAUGGAAAGUUGUUUCCCCAACAAAGAGCUCCAGGAUACCAAGCCACAUUACCACACUGCGAUCAGGACAAAGACACUGGCAUUUCUAAGGCUACCGACAGCAAUUUCUCGGAAGGUGCAAAUUCCAAAAAAGAUGCAAAAACAGUCAGCUGCCUCAAGCAACCGUCACCUCUCAAAACAGUCAAGACUGAGACCGAAGAAUUCACCACAAUCACAAACUUAGACCCUACAGGAGAUACGAAACUGAACCACGUGAAAAUCAAAGUGGAGGAGACUUUUGAUGAGUAUGAAUAUGCAACCCAAGAACAUGCUCACCAAUGCAAAGAUAAAUACGAUGAAAAUGAUGCAGACGGUUUGUGUAUCAGUGCUGAUACUGCAGAAACGGAUCGUGGUAAAGAUGGCAGACAAACAUAUCCCCCUCCUUCCAAACAGGAACCAGGCAGCACUUUAAACACUCAAGGGGAUUACAAAAACGGUGCAAGGGUCAGGAAAAGCUACCGGACUCCGGUUUGUGGGAAAAAGACAGAAAAUGUAGUUAAGACAAACGCGAAGGUGGACAGGAGUCCUAGACCUACUGGAAAAUGUGUGAGCAAACGAACUGGCCAGCAUGCAUCCUCAUUGAAAACAACUUUUAACUUCAUGGCGAAUUUUCCAUGCCCUCCCUCUCUGAUCAUCGGUAGUGAUGGAGAUUUGAGUCCUGCUUACUCUUUAACCUCUUUCAGGACUAACCAGGUGCCUCAUCCUUCUCAUCCGGUGUGGACAUGGCAGCUCGGCACUUCUGUUAUACCUCCUCACCUUAACCAGAGAUUCAGGAAAACAACAACAUAAGCCAAUAUUUGAAAGAACAAGUCUUAAGGCACUGAUAAUUAUUAUAAAUGGCUUUUAUUUUUAUUUUUAACAUUUUUUGGGGUGUGUGUGUGUGUGUGUGUGUGUGUGUGUGUGUGUGUGUGUGUGUGUGUGUGUGUGUGUGUGUGUGUGUGUGUUUAGGGCUGGUGAGCAUGCAGGAGGCCUGCUCCUUCAUCACAUGCCACAGAAGGCUAGCAUUUUUUUUUUUCACCCUGCUUUACAGAACACUGUGGAUGUUUUUAAUAUUUUCAUUAGGAAUGGCAAAGAACAUCUUGUGGAUUUUUUACUACGACCUGUUGGAAUUUCAGACUACAUAUGAAUGCCAUUUUGGAAUAGACCUAUACAUUUGGUCAGGAAAGCUUGGCUUUGACUAUUAAAAUCAUCUCUCUUUGCUAUAGUUGCAGAUCCCAAAUAUUUUCCUAAUCGUUCCUAUUAACAGGACUCUUAAACUCAUUGUACUGUAGGUAUCUACGUUGGACCGGGUUUACGUAUUUAUUCAAGGGCUGAAGCCCAGGUGGUCCAGACCCCCAUCCGAUGCUGCCCCGUCCCCCAACACACACAUACACAACACACCACAACAAUAACAGAAAGGCCCUGGACGAUUGACAAUCAGGAGCUGUUUGGAUUUGCACGAAGUUAAGAAGAGGGGGGAAAAAACUCCAAAUCGAUGUGGUUAUGGCAUUGAUAGUCUAUGGUAGGAGCUGAAGCACAGAUUUGACUAUGCAUUGUUCCAAUGCUGUAAUGCUCCAUCCAUACUAG